CAUUUUACACCAUUGGGAUACAGUCACAGAUCUGCCAGUUUUUCUUACAACUAUGUGGGGACGGACCACCUGGUUCUAACCGGGUUUACGGCCAAUUUACAGAAUAUGCCUCAUGCUACUCGGUAGUCCAAAACCUGGGCGGACCGCGUUAAAAUCAACGUGGUUUCCCCAAAUCAGCGCGGUUUCUAUCUGCAGCUGCAGGAAGCAUAAAGGACAGAGAAAGGCAAGACAGCCAGCUCGAGGCCCGUCUCUACUACCAUGCAGCGGCCGGGUGGUCGCCAUCGCCACAAUGGCCACUCUCUGCUCCGCAAUAACAAUUCCAUGAUCUCAUACAUCGCUUCUCCUCCACCGCGCGCUUCCUCCACGGGCGCCUAUACGGAAUACUCCACCAACAACAACAGGCCGAUAAAGCCCGAGCUGGUCUGCAAAUGGACGGACCACGAGCACCGUGACCGAACUUCAAAACAAAGGAUAUGCGACCAAACUUUCAGCUCCAUGCACGAGCUGGUGGACCACGUAAGCACCGAGCACGUCGCUGGGCUCGAGCCCCUGAGCCAUGUUUGUAUGUGGGAAGAAUGCCUGAGAGAAGGAAAGGCGUUUAAAGCCAAAUAUAAACUGAUAAACCACAUCAGGGUACACACUGGGGAGAAACCGUUCUCCUGCACUUUCCCAGACUGCGGGAAAGUGUUUGCUCGGUCGGAAAACCUCAAGAUUCACACGCGCACGCACACAGGUGAGAAGCCAUUUCGGUGUGAGUUCCCCGGCUGCCUGCGGAAAUUUGCCAACAGCAGUGACCGUAAGAAGCACUCGCAGGUCCACACCAGCGCCAAACCGUACGACUGCAAGUCCCACGGCUGCUUCAAGUCCUACACACACCCCAGCUCCCUCCGAAAACACAUGAAGAUCCACCUCAACGCCCUCAAGUCCUCUCCCACCUCCGAACCCAUAGACCUGUCAUUCACAGGGAUUCUUGGGAAACGUAGUUCCCAGGAUUACGUAGCUUCACGGACUAACUGCUCCUCCUCCAGGCUCUCGCUGCCUCCGGCGGUGUCCAACAUGAAGGAGUGGUACGUGUGUACCAGGACCACAGGUCAGGGACAGAACUACCUCCAACUCACAGCAGACCAGAUCAAGUCAGAACCGUGUAGUGGUGAUGAGAAGUAUUAUAACACCACGUAGCAGCAGCAGAAUGCGUUGCAUUAUGG